AUGAAAAAUGACAUGGUAAGCCAUGGAUCUGUGCUGUCUUUGCUUAGUGACAAGAAUCAGUUUCCUUCUUUUCUUCGCACUGUUCCAAAUGAUGGGUUCCAGUCUCUUGGGCUAGCUUUACUGGUCCAGUACUUCCAAUGGACCUGGAUUGGAAUCAUUGCUACAGACAAUGACUUUGGGCAGCUUGGAAGUCAAAAUGUAAGAAACCACAUAUUUAGCAUGGAUGGUUGCAUUGCUUUCAUUGAAUACAUUCCUGUUUAUUACUCUGAGAAAAAAAUCUCCCAUAUUGUUGAUGUAAUAAAAAUGUCAUCAGUGAAUGUAGUUGUCAUGUAUGCUAGUAUGGAGAACCUGGUUAAACUUAUGGAAACAAUUGCACUUCAGAAUAUUACUGGUAAAGUCUGGAUAAGCUCUACUGGCUUAUAUUUCUCCUCUGAUUUCACAACAAAAGAUAUUCUGAAAACAUUUAAAGGAACUAUUGGAUUUGCUCACCACAGAGGUGAGAUACCCGGACUGAGAGAGUUUUUAUAUAGCGUUCAUCCUUCUAGAUUUCCUGAUGAUAUUUUAAUUAAAUAUUUCUGGGAACAAGCAUUUGGCUGUCAGUGGCCACAGCAAAAUGACAGUUUUCAUGUCAAAACUUUUACACAGAUAGUUAGAUACGCCAGCUUUUGCACAGGUCUGGAGAACUUAGACAAACUUGAAAUCAAUUUAUAUGAUGUGCACAACUUCAGGUUUACGUAUGGUGUCUAUAAGGCAGUGUAUGCUUUGGCGCAUGCUCUACACAAGAUCUUGACCUGCUCAUCUAGUUAUGUGCCAACCACAGAAAGUUGUCUACAAUCUCUGACAAUUCAGCCAUGGAAGCUUCUAAGGCAUGCGAAGACCAUACACUUUAAAAACAGAAAUGGAGAGGAUGUCUACUUUGAUGAUAAUGGAGAUCCACCAGCUUGCUAUGAUAUUUUGAAUUUUCAGCUGCUUUCUGAUGGAUCUAGCAGGUAUACCCAAGUGGGCAGCUUCGACUCAACUGCUCCAAAAGGACAUGAAAUCAGUAUCAAUGAAACAGCUGUUAUCUGGCAUUGGGGAUAUGGUCAGACUCCAGUCUCUGUCUGCAGUGACCUCUGUCCCACUGGUUACAGAAAAUCCCUCCGACGUGGGCAACCAGUCUGCUGUUUUGACUGUGUCAUAUGUUCCAAGGGACAUAUCACAAAUCAGUCAGAUUCCAGAGAGUGCCAGUUGUGUCCGGUUGAUCAGUGGCCCAAUGAAAAACAUGACCGAUGCAUUCCAAAAGAUAUAGAGUUCCUUACAUUUAGUGAGACACUGGGUGGAGUUUUGACUUCUGCUACUGGAGUUUGUUCUACACUUGCUGCAUUUGUUCUUUAUAUCUUUGUGAAGAACAAAGAGACACCUAUAGUCAAGGCUAAUAAUCGUGAGCUGAGUUAUGUAUUGCUUUUUGCCCUUUUGCUUGGAUCCCUGUCUCCAUUACUGUUCAUUGGACGUCCAACAUCAAUCACAUGUAUGCUACAGCAAACAUUAUUUGGCAUUGCAUUUUCCAUUUGCGUGUCUUCAAUCUUGGCCAAGACUGUUAUGGUAGUAAUAGCAUUCCGAGCCACAGAUCCCACUAGUGGACUAAAAAAAUAUUUAGGUUCAGCUGUACCAAAUCUAAUAGUUAUUUUCUGCUCAGGCUUACAAGGAAUAAUAUGUAUGGUGUGGACAGCCACAUUUCCUCCAUUUCUGCAGUUCACCACAAGUUCAGAGACUGCUAAAGUUAUCAUUGAAUGUAAGGAAGGCUCUGUUGUAUUUUUUUAUGUGAUGCUAGCCUACAUGGGUCUUCUGGCUUGUGUGAGCUUUGCAGUGGCCUUUGCUGCACGUAAAUUGCCAGAUAUUUUUAAUGAAGCAAAGCACAUUACAUUCAGUAUGCUAGUGUUUGCUAGUGUGUGGCUAGCUUUUAUCCCAGCAUAUCUGAGCACCCAAGGGAAGUACAUGGUUGCUGUGGAGAUAUUUGCUAUUUUGUCUACCAGUGCAGGAAUACUGAUUUGCAUAUUUUUCCCCAAGUGUUACAUUAUUCUGUUCAGACCACAAAAGAACACAAAGGAGCAUCUAAUUGGUAAAAGGCACAUUUAA